AUGCAUUCCAAACUAAUUAACGAGUACGACGAAGAAGAAAAAGGUGCAAAGGGCUUCAAAGAGCUUCCUCUACAACCCGUCGGUGCCGUCAAAUGCUGUUGGGCACACAUACUCAAGGUUCUUAACAAAUUUUUGGGCUGCUACUCAAAUGUUGAGCGACGUAUGAAGAGCGGAAAGACUCGUGAAGAUGUUCUUACAGAGGCCAAGGAGCUAUACAAGACCUCCUCCGGGUCAUGCUGA